GUGUUUUUCGCGCAGCUGAUCGCAUCGCCGUUCGAAUUUCGAAACUCACCGUGUGUUGUGUGCCAGUGUUUAUUGUGUACAAUGGAGUUGUUUUUUGUGGCCGGCGCAGUAAGACAAACGUCUAAGUGUGAGACGACAGUGAAAUGAAUGAGGAAUGCAGUGAUGGAAUGUUUAACGAGCCUCGGUGCUUUGAAAACAGUGAAAAUGCUAGUGUUAUCGAAUAUGUUUCGUCCAAGUCAUCCGAAUCAAUUACCGCGGAGGGAAGACAACCCGAUCUCAGAAAGUGUGAGGCAGAAAGAAAGACAAUUGACAACGCACGGUUCUUUGCGUGUAAAGCAAAGAACAAAAACACAUGACAAUAUAAGCGAAGUACCAGAUGAAGCGACGAAAAGUGUGAGACGAGACAAAUGUCUCUCUAAUAGUGUAGAUGCAAUAGUUACACACAAUGAAGCCAAAUGUAAAGUGAUAUCCAGUGCCAAAGGUUUAUUAGAAACAAAUCUAGACGAUCUGUUCAAUGAUUUAGAAAGUGAUUGGACUGUAGAAUCAAAAACUUUAGGUGCUAGUGAGCCUACUUUAAAUUUAAACGAAGAGAACUAUAACAGUUUAAGUAAGCGUGAAUCUCUCGUGUCAGAAGAUGACAGUGAUGGUGAUACAGCUACGGACAGUGAUUGUAUGGAUGAAGUGGUUCGGGAGCAGCGGAUAUGCAUGGGCGCACGCCGCUUCGGACAUUUGCUACGCAGAGUCAUAUCUAGAAAUGUAUUCCCGAAUGUUCCCGCGGCGCCCGGGAUGCCAUGCGCGGGCGAGGAUCGUAGCAUAUACAGACGCGGCGCUCGGCGGUGGCGGAAGCUGUACCGGGUGAACGGUCACAUAUUCCAGGCCAAACGGUUCAAUAGACGCGCCUUCUGUGCCUUCUGCCAAGACCGCAUCUGGGGCCUCGGGCGUCAGGGCUUCAAGUGCAUCCAGUGCAAGUUGCUGGUGCACAAGAAGUGCCACAAACUGGUGCAGAAGCCGUGCUCCAACGAGCAUGUGGACCCCGUGGAGAUCAAGGACGACGCCAAUGGCGAGAGCACCCUGGGGCGAGCCUCUUCUGUCAGGUCGCGAGCGGAGCCCGAGCCGGCGCUGGCGGAGCCCCCGCCCGCGCCGCGCGCCGACGAGCUGGAGCCGGGCUCGCAGCGCCAGUACUCGCUCGACGACUUCGAGCUCAUCAGGGUCAUCGGAAGAGGCUCUUAUGCUAAGGUGCUGAUGGUGGAACUGAAACGCACGAAGCGCGUGUACGCCAUGAAGGUGAUAAAGAAGGCGCUGGUGACCGACGACGAGGACAUCGACUGGGUGCAGACGGAGAAGCACGUGUUCGAGACCGCCUCCAACCACCCGUUCCUGGUGGGGUUACACUCCUGCUUCCAGACGCCGAGCCGUCUGUUCUUCGUGAUAGAGUUCGUGAGAGGAGGGGAUCUCAUGUUCCACAUGCAAAGACAGCGGCGGCUGCCCGAGGAGCACGCGCGGUUCUACGCCGCGGAGAUCUCGCUGGCGCUGCACUUCUUGCACGACCGCGGCGUCAUCUACCGGGACCUGAAGCUGGACAACGUGCUGCUGGACCACGAGGGGCACAUCAAACUGACUGACUAUGGCAUGUGCAAGGAGGGCGUCCGCCCCGGGGACACUACGUCCACUUUCUGCGGAACCCCCAACUAUAUCGCGCCCGAGAUACUGCGCGGCGAAGAGUACGGGUUCUCCGUAGACUGGUGGGCUCUAGGAGUCCUUACAUAUGAGAUGCUGGCUGGACGCUCGCCGUUCGAUAUCACGCACGCCCAUGACAACCCUGACCAGAAUACCGAGGACUAUCUCUUCCAGGUGAUCCUAGAGAAGACGAUCCGUAUUCCCCGCUCGUUGUCGGUGAAGGCGGCCUCAGUCCUGAAGGGCUUCCUCAACAAGAAUCCCGUGGAGCGACUGGGGUGCGGGGAGAACGGGUUCAUGGACAUCGUCAGCCAUCCGUUCUUUAGGAGCAUCGAGUGGGAGAUGCUGGAACAAAAGCAGGUGGUCCCGCCGUUCAAGCCCCGUCUGGAGGGCGAGCGUGACCUCGCCAACUUCCCGCCCGAGUUCACCGACGAGCCCGUGCAUCUCACGCCCGACAACGACACGGUGAUAGCAGACAUCGACCAGUCGGAGUUCGAAGGCUUCGAGUACGUGAACCCGCUGCUCAUGUCGCUGGAGGACUGCGUGUGACAGCACGCCUGUCUGCUGCAUCCCUACCACGAUCACACGCAGGCAUACGCAUACGGCUGCGAGUCUUCGUCGUCAGACUACGACUCCGUCUGCUCGGAGCUGCCUCCGCGCAAGCCCACGUUGCUUCAACACAUGUUCUGUCUACCCCUCAACUGACACAAACAUUAAACUUGCACUCCGAACAACGGUAUUGUUAUCAGAAGUAUUAUAUCGAUAUUACUUACUAAUUAUUGUAAAUCAAAUUCUUGACUUGCAAUAAAUGAUUAUUUUAUUUUAUUUUUUUGACCCUGUCUACCCCGUGAGGGAGUAAAGAAGGUCUAAAGAAGUAUCGAUAUAACGUACUUCACAGAUUAUAUACUUGUUUGUGAGAGUAAAACGUUUUUUAAACAUAUUAAUCGUUCAUUACCGAAAAAACGCUAUUAAAAAUAUAUAAGCGGAUUUAUUCAAUUCUAUAUCGUACUCCAUACAUGUUAAAUUCGAUUUUUAAAACUAUACUAAAUUUUAUGCUGGUAAAGUAAUUUAUUUAAUGUUUAAAUCUGGAACUCAACUGGAAUAUUCUUCUAAAUUCUGUUAUUUAUUAUUCUAAUAUUUGAAUAAGUAUUGAUAUAGAAUUUAAUUCCGAUAUUUGUCGGUAAAAAACGAAAUUGUGUGAAUUUUAAACAAAUGGCAUGAAAAUUGUUAAAUGUUUGCAAUUUUAUUUAAAAAUAAACUGAUACCAAUAUCGUUGAAUCGCAAAUGCAAAAUCGUAUAUCAUGGUUGUUAACUUAAAACGUGUUAAAGCGAAGAGAGGAAAAGUGAUAGUAUUCAAUAUUCAUUAUUCAUUAUCAUUUGGUUCACAUAUAAAACUUAAAACUGCCAAGUAGCGAGAUUGUUUAAAAAUAAAUUAAUCAUUCACACUCACCUUAAAACUAUAUUUCUUACACCUCAUCCAAGCCAAUUUGGUCCGGAAGAAAUUAAAACGAAAUCCUUGAUUUAUUUUUAAAUGUAAAAAAUGGAUAAUUAAUAUGUUUAUUUAAAAUACAACACUAGGAAAUUGUAAACUGGUUUCAAAUUGCUUAUCUUGUGUUAUUUUUCGUAUAACAUCAUAUUCUCUAUGAAUACUUUAUUUUUUAAACAAAGUUUUUAGCUUUUGGCUCAUUGUAUUGCUUUGACGAAAAACCAUUGCAUGGACAUUUAUUUUCACACUAGUACACUCUGAAUUUCAACUAUUAUUCAUUUGAAAUAUUUAUUUUACAUUAGAUACCUAACCUAUGUUAAAAUAUCUCUCAUUUUUCUUCACUUUCGUCCAAUUUGAAAUUCAUAGUGUACUUUUAUCGCCUUCAAAUGUUGUAAUAAGAGGUCAAUUGUAAUAAAAGUGUGAUUUUCGCAAAUCACGAACAUUCCAUAAACUUAUUGGCUUCCAAAUAAUAAUGUAUACAAAAGUAUUGUAUUUUGGUGCUUUCACCUUCAUUUUAAUAAAAGAAGAUUAGUAUUUUCUUUAAAUUAUAAAUCAUUUUAUGUGUACUUCACGGCAAAGAAACUGGAACACAAAGUGUCUCCCAAAACUUCGUAACAUUUCAAUUAUGCCAUCUUCGAAUCUGUAUGUUAAAAUAACUGAAUUACAAUAAAAUAUAUACUGCACUCACACGCUCUUUAAACACCGAUAUAAAUGCUUUCUUAAAAUUAAUAUUUCAUUUCUAUGUCUAUAAUAAUGGAAUUGAUUCUUAUUUAGCCAAGCAUGGUGCUCGUGGCAAAACGCUUGACGUGAGAACGGGGAGCAGCAUCGUCACCUCCCCUGUAUCCCGAACGAUCGGGACUAAAGCGCUUCUCUGUAAAUAAAAUCAUUAAUCAUACGAGAAAUAUUAUAAGACUUAAUAUUUUUGAAACUAUUAUAGUAGUGUCUAUUUAUCCUUUCUGUGAGAAAGGCUUCGAGGAGGGCGCUACCUCCGGUCACGUUAUCUAUUAUAAUUUCAAGCAAUAAAUUAAUAUUGUAGUAUAUCUUUGUGGUUACAGAGUCAGGUGAUCUGCUCAAAUAAAGGCACGUAAGGAAUUUAAUGUAGACAUUUAGGGCCCCGGAGGCCCGAGGAGCGUAUUCUAGCCCUUAUCCAAAAUUAGUAUAUUCCCUAGACGCCUAGAUUUAAGCUAGUUUCGUAGCUACAAUUCUUGGCAUAAAAUCGCGCAUCGUUUAUUACAUUUUUCAUUUGUUUCUUUUUUUUUUUGUAGGUUAAAAAAUAUUGAUACUUCUUUUUGUAAAUAUAAAUGGCGCACGAUAUUUAUAUUAUUGCUAUUGUAAUACACUUACUGGCAUAAAAAUACCACAGUGUUAAUAAAUCUAUAUAAUUAAUUGUUUAAAUUUGUAUAAAGCACGAUUUUAUGUUAUCAUGUUAAAAUGUAUUUAAGUCGGCAAAUAUCGUAAAGUGGUCAAUUUUUAUGCCGCUACGUGUAUAGUAUAUUCCAUUCCCUAUUGUAGAUCCUGUUUCCUGUUGUCCUUCAAUUUGGUACACCACUCGUUUAGGUAGCCAACGAAUUUUAUAAAAUAUAGUAAUAUAUAUGAUAUUGAGCACUGAACAAAUUUAAAAUCGUGUACAUUAUAAAUAACAAACUCGUAAAAUACAUCGGUUAUAAAAUAUUAUAACAAAUUAUUGUUAAAUGUAGAAAAAAAAAGACUUAUUAUAUGAAAUAUUGUAACGGUAAUCGAUGAGGUGCGCGGGCGCCGAUUGAGCUCAAGUGUCCACGAUCUAUUCUAAAUAGUGUGUAGAACCUAUAUUAGACAUUUUGCACCGGUGUUAGUACUCACGCGCGACGCUAAUAGGUGUCUUGGCAUUGGUCUACAAAACAUAUGAGAAAAAAUAGAAAUCCCUCAACAGUACAUAACCUAAAAUGAUGGUAAUAUGGCACUUUCAACUCACGUAGUAAAUAUUUCUAUAAACGCAAUGAUAAAUCCAAAGCAAUAACAUUUGCCUGUAGACUGAUGCCUCUUCUAUUUCUUUGCAGUCGAAGUUGGCGUGUCGAAAAAUUAUAUCCCGACGAAUUGAGAACCUCCUCUUUUUUAAGUGAGUUGAUAAAAGGCUAUAUUGGGUCAUACAUUUUAAUGACAUAAUAUUUUGACAUAAUCAUAAAUUUCGCACAACUUUUCAAUGAAGUUGGGAAUUACGGAUUAUGUCAAAAAAACGUCAUGCAGUCUUCAAAUUAUGCUAUUUAAAUUUAGAGAAUCUAAUAUCGACCCAAUUUCUCUUACUGAAAGUAAAUUUUGGAUUACUAAAGUAACGACUUGUUAGGUGUUAGGCCUGAAUUUAUACUCUAUAUAUUCGUGUUGUGGUUCCCUUUUGUAUUUUAUUGAUGUGUUGCCAACUAAGAACGUUUAUUGUGAGUUCCAUUCCACCUAAUGUUGUUGGUUACUAAUUAUUACUGUUUUCGACAUAAAUUCUUAUCAAAGAAGGUAGAUAGACAGGUAUUAUAGAUAAAAUCAUCUUUAAUAAUUAUUUGUUAGGAGAAGGCAUUAUUUAAUUGUGUUUUUUCCUAAUCAAAGUAACGUUAUUACCGUUGUGUUUAUGUCUUAAUAAAAUUGUUUUAAAAAUACUUUUUUCCUUAUUCGAGAAAGGUGCUGUCAUUAAAGAUUUUUCAGAUAUCGUUUUAAGAAUUCUGCCUUUGAUUAAUGGUUUAUAUCAUCAGUUGAUCAAGUAAUAGGGUACCGGACAGUAAUCGAAAAAAAAUCUAAGUUGUGUUUUAAAAUAAAGUUUGUUAUACAAGAACAUCACUUAAUAAAGAUUUUUAAGAAAUAACAAUGAUUUAUAAUUUUAAAUCAAUAAAUAAAGUUGCAAAAAUCCAAUAUUUUUUAUCUGUGCAGCGUAAGAACCCAAACACCAAUCACAGUGAGUGACGUCAUACGUAAUGAGUGAUAAGUAAACACCACUGCUUUGUAUGUUAUUUCGAGUUAUUCUACGAUUUAUUUGAAUUUUUCUAAAAAUAUUUAAUUGUAAUUAGUUACGAAUUGAAGGACUUUACUCAUAACAGAAGUUGUCGCAAGUGCUUGAAGCCGCCUAUCAAGCUUUUAUCAUGGAACAAGGUUACAAACCGACAAUAGAAAUCUCCCAAAAGAUUGAUAUUUUCAUGGUCGGCAGUUCCUUUGCCACUAAUACCGACUUUUAUUUUGCUGAAUUUAGCAAUGUGAAAACAUUUGUGUUAGUAUUUCAACCUCUUUUUGUUUAUCUUAACAACAGAAAUGAUUGAAGAAAUUACAAACGAAAACAUAACCUAAAACUAGUUUUAUUGUAUACAAAGUUAUUUUCACAUAUGUUUUUUUUUCUAUGAUUUUAAAGGUUAGAUAUUUAUGGGUUUUGCAUGUUUCUAGAUCUGCGAGAAAAUACUUAAAUUAUCCAAGCACUGAUCGCUUGUAAUAUGGCUUGUAGUUUGUUUUUCAAACAUAUGACGUCACGCGAUCUGAAUUGACGUAAAGUGCUGUUUUCGCGGCAAUUUUAAAUAAAUUACGUUAUUGACGUUUUUAAAUACUCCAAAAGAUUUAUUUAUUUAAAAUAUUAUUUUUUAUGGAUAUAUAAAUAAAUAAAGAUUAUUUUUAAACACAAUCUGAAAAGUUGUCCGGUACCCUAUUAUGUUGAUCUUAAUAUUUUGUCAUAAUGACGUUGUCUUGCAGCUUCAGGGCUACUAUCCUGCGUGUAUAGGAUUAUUUUGUAUUAUUUUUAAAUUAAGUAUUUAAUUACUCUUUAAGUAACAGUAUUUGGUACUAUAUAGAAAAAAUGACAUUUCACAUUAUUUUUUUACUCCAAUCCGUUGAAACAUGUGUGUAAAAGUAUUUUUUGAUAUUGUGACGUAUGUAGAUGUCGAUAUAUCACUUUCUGUUUUUCAAAGUCUCUUUUUUUUUUAAAGACGCACUCCGGGCUCUUACCAGGAGAGGAUGUAACCGAGAUUUAAUGUUCGGAGGUCCUGAGUCUUGUGGUGUAGUCUGUAUUACAGUUGUAGCUUGCAAGUAUCUGCUUUUAAAGUUGGUACGGAUUGGAGCAUAAAUACAACUUUCACAUAAUUUGUUCCGAGUUGGCGUUAAGUCUUAUGUAUUCAUUCCUUUCACAUUAACCAUAACGUGGCAUUGUAGACUUACGCCAUAGAACAAAUCAAAUAUAUUAAUUAGUAUUUAAGUAUUUUUAAUUAUGUUUAAUUAUAAGUUACUCACACCAGGUACGAAAAACCAAUCGAAUGUAUAAGUAUGUAUACAUUGUUACGUAUAUUGUAUGUUUUUAAUAUUUUGUGUACAUUUGUGUACGUAAUCGACAUAAUGUUAUGACGCUUGGCGCGUGAUUGCGAGUUUGUCGAACCAGACUGCGAGAUCUUGGGAUACUGUACUAUUCUAUGCUUAACUGAAAAUAAAGAAAGAUUAAUCCGA